CGCACUGAGUGUUACCGGGAACUCACGUGGGCGUUUUAUUUAUUGAUUGAAUCUGACAUUCAUUCAUAAAUGGAGGCAGAAGAAGCAGCUGCUGCAGCAAAGAGAGAAGCAAGAGAGGCUAGGAAGAGAAAAUUAUUAGAAAAUUCUAACAAUAGACUUGAUCGAAUUAGAACGAAAUCAAAUGUAAGUCCUAAAGACACUCUGACCUCCUCUCCUCCCAAGCCUUCUGAAACGAGUAAACGAACUGAUACUAAUCAACCAGAAACCACACCUACAGUCAACAAAGUGACCACACCCACUCAAUCAUCUGCAACAACAAAUCGUCAUCUUACAGUCAUCAGAUUGGUCUAUUGUGCACUAAUUGGAAUAGCCAGUAACCACGGUCUCAUACCAGCAUCAUUAAUACUACUAGUAUCAGUCCUGCUCAGUUUCAGCACACUUUUACUAACAACAUAUUCCUUUUCAUUACCAGCAUCACGUUUUGCAUGGGCGGAGUCUCUGAUUGCAUGGGCGUACCCUCAAGGACUGACAUGGAUCAAGUGGUUUAUGAAUGUAAUUAAAGGAGUUGAGUUUGUCGCACAAGACUUGUGUAUGUGUGUGUUUUUCACUGUCACGUAUUACAUAAUCAUUUAUAAUGUUUUGGUUCUCUUAUGAUUUCUCUCUAUUCUUCGUUUGGCUUUAA